AUGCUCAACAUUGGUCUCAGGAUCCCCUCCUUGCGUCCACAAGUUGUCACGACCAUCAUCAACACAAUCGACACCUAUGUCCACCAAGGUCAAAGGAUCGACCGACUUAAUGUAUCUGGAGACUCUUCUCUGAAUCUUGAUGAUGCAUCCCAGACGAUCACUUUCUCCGUCUCGCUACUCGGUCUUCUCUCAGCACUUGCCCAGAAACCUCAGGUGCUUACAGUACAAGAACGUGCUUCCGUCACUCGCAAGCUUCGAACUCUGUACUCCGAGAAGUUUAUGGUUGCGAUUGAGGGCAAUCUUUCGUCGCUUCGAAACUCCCAUGGCAUCCAUGUCAAGGAAUGGAAACGUCUGCUCAAGGUCUACGCCUCCAUGGGACGACCCUUGGGCGCAAUGUUGCUGCAGAAUGCUUUCACUAACUAUCUCGCGGCUUCAGCCACUGCCAUGGUCAUGCCUCUCGACUCUCCUGAAGGUGGUCAGGUCUUGGAUUAUCUUCUCCAGCAGACCCCACAAGGUCUCUCUGUUCAUGACAACAGUGUUGAUGAGUCAUCACUAGAGGAUCUUACCGAACUACUGACAGAGGUCGUUGCUCUACUCGAUGCUGAUGCGGACUAUCUGCAGGUCAGCUCGGCUUGGCAGCAGCAGUUAGCCUUCUCGACCAAAGCUAGCUGUCUGAUCAGCUUCCUAUGUUGUUCCUUGGUCAACGAAAACAUCGCUGAUGCCGAUAUCAUCAUGGGCUGGUUGGACGGAGUCUUGACCGACCCAGUUCAACUUGCAGAUGACAGACUCGCUAGCGUGACACUGAAAUGUAUGGCCAUCCUCGCGAAGACUUCCAAGGCUUUUGCUUCAAACUUGGCACGUUCCCUACCUAGGUUGAUUGUACAAGGACGAAUGACCAGCGAUACUGUUGUCAUUGCAGCGAACUGUCUUGCAGACGUUCUUCAGUUGCUGCCCCAAGAUUUGAUCAUCAGUACAUUGUACAGUCUCGGUAAUGUGCUCAGUACUGGUCCAUCUACCAACCGAGCAAACACGUCCCUGUUCGUUGAUGGAAACGGCACUGCCAAUGGUACUAUGAAUGGUUCUCUGAAUUCAUACACUCAACAACCUACAGGAAGUUCCAUCUCUCUAGUCACCAACGACGAUGAAGAAACGGUUCUCGUUCAUGCCGCUGUCAUUGAAGCAAUCGUUGCCAUUGCCAGAAAGUGCGAAAACGAAAAGAUCACUGCACUUGCUGUCUCAAUGUUGAUCCAAAAGAUUGGCCGUGUCAACCAGGCUGUCGAUGCUAAAAUCAUCAUGGGAUCUGCUGCUCUUGGUUGUCAGAGCGAACCAAAUGAUUUGCGCCUUCUGCUAAGAUUUUAUGCAAGACACGUAGCUGACGCAUCAGCUUCUGACAAUACUUUUAUGCUUCAAGCGGUAAUGGAAGCCCGCAUGCUGAUGGCAAGGAGCAUCCUCCCGGCGUCUCCUCUCUAUGAGAUAUACCUCACUCAUCUGUUGGACGGCAUUGUCAGCACAAGUGACGUUACCAACCGUGACAAUAAGACUCUGAUUGUCGACAAGCUUGCUGUUGACCAGAUCUCUCAAGUGUUACCCCCUCUGGCUGCCCUUGCCGCACUCAUGCCUUACGAGUAUACCCAGUUCGAGGAUCCAGAAAUGGUCUCUGCACUCAGUCGUGAUGCCUGGUUCAAUCUGAUCGCGCACGACUUUACACUGAACUCAUCAUUCGCAAAGAAACAUCAGCAAGAGCUUCAGACUUUGGCAUGGUACACUCCAUCUUUGAUCGACAGCAACAAAGCCGAUACUCAGGAGAGCGGUAUCGAUCUCAAUACUGUCCUCCGUCGUGGAAUGACUCCUCAACAUGCUGUUCAGCUGAAAUCGCAGUUGAUAUCUGCCCUACCGGCGCAUGAAUCGGACAUCAAGAAUCUCAACUACGCCGAACUCACCUUCCUGAAUGCUGCUCACUUGGUAGCAGUGCUUCGUGCGCAGUCCGGAGACUGUACAAGGACACUUGAAUACUUUUUGGACCCUAAAUUCAAGAGUGGUGCUCUUAGUAAUUGUCUGCUCGGUGUGGCUUUGAGUGCGGUCGACACUUAUCUGGCACUUACCAUGACUGGACGCAGUCAGACCUUCUCAGCCGCCAAUCUUGCACAACAGCUAGCAAGGCUACUCGAAAGCUGUUGCCAUCGUAUCGAUAAGGUGCAACAGGUUGCUACACUUGCCGCUGACCGCAUCAUCGACCAAGUGCCCUCGUCACUCUGCCAGAGAACAUCGCUCUUCGCCCUUUUGGAGUUACUCAGCCUUAUGUGGAUUAGUUGCCUGGAGGCAGAGACUGAUGAAUACGAGUGCAAGUCGUUUUACAGCUCGGCGAAGGGUAAUGUAUCCCUACAGCUCUCCGAUAACUUUGCUUACAGGCAGACUACUCUGCGAUCAUUCCAACAGAAAUGUCGCCGUUGGGUACUGAAGACUUUGGACCGUGCUCCUCUGGAUAUGAAGGGACUUUUGCAAACAUACCUCUCUGACUACGACGAUGAGGAAUCGUAUGGUCGUAUUUCGAUGGGCAGAUCGUUCGCUCUUGAACUUGGCUCUCUCAUUCCAGGAACUGAUCAGAGACUUGGCGCCAUCGAUCGGAGAAUGGAUCCAAGUGUCAACACUGCUUCUGAUUUCGUUGCACAGUAUACAACUCGCCAAGAAUACCGCUAUCUGGACACAAUGUCCAGACAAGAUGAAGAGCUUUUGCACGCACAGCAGACUGGUGUCAUUGGGCUUCCACGAUCUGCUCUGAGUGAACAAGCUCGCGAGGUUGCCGCUACGUUGAAAGAGUUGAACAACAACCUUCGCAACCAUCAUCCAGCCUCAGCUGAAGAGCUUAGAUCUAAUCUUAGACGUGCCGCUGCUGUACUGUGCAAGGUCGAUGCUGAUCGUUUUGGACUCGCUCAGCAGUUGGUCGGUAUUCCUUUCACGUCCUUCAGCAAACCAGCCAUUAAACUUGGUGUUUCGCUCUGGAUGGGAGUGAUCGAAGAAAAUCCGCGAAUGGAAUCUCGAAUCCUUGUUGAGAUCGCCGAAGGCUGGGAAAGAACGAUUCAGAAAAAGCGAGGUAUUUUCAGCCAGACAUUCAAACUCGUUCAGUUCCUCUCGAGUCACUUUAAUGCUACCAGGUUGAGUAAUCCGCACACUGGACGUAUCUUCCACCGCUUGAUGCGCGUCACCCUCGCAGCCUUGAGACGAAGUGGUAGCCACCCUCUUGCUCGUGAGGUCCAUUUCCAUCUCAUUCUAUUGGCUCUUCGUGUCAUUAGCUACGGCACUGGUUACGAUGAGAAAUCUCGUUGGGAGCUCAAAGACCAGAUCUUAUCUGCCGCUCUCAGAUGGUUCGGUUUCCCGGCUCGAUGGUCUUAUGGCGGCAACAAGUUGCAAGUCAAGGCUGAAGUACAGCUCAUGUCGGAUGUCAUCUUGGCAGUCCAAGCCGUUACUUCCAUGGGAGCCAAGAUAAUGCCUCCAUUACAGCCAUUGCAGGCAAAACAGGAUCUGCUUCUCCAUUUACUGCAGAAUGAGAUUACAAGACUGAAUGUGUGGCUGUCUCCUCUGGGUCAGGAUACUCCGCAUACCAUAUACGGCCAGCAGGGCAAAGCCAAUGAGAUGGCUUUUAGAUUCCCCUCGCCGCUUAUUCAAAGUCAAGUUCGGUCAUUGUUGGUCAACUAUCCUGAAAAGGCUUUGCAUGAGCCCGAUGCUCUGCAGAUACUGCUUGGUACCAGCAUGCCACAUGACGUCUCUUCUCAACUCAAGAUUGUGCAGACGCUCCGAUACGAUCUGUUGGGCUACGUUGAACGUUACAUCGUCGAAACCGCCAAGUUCUCUGGACUGUUCGCACAUCAAAUUAUCUGGAAUAUCAAGGCCAAUGCCUUCAAGGACGAAGAUUCGCAGAUUCCUGAUCCCGUCAAGCCAACACUCGACAAAGUCAUGGAUUCCCUUAUCUCCAGUUUCUCAAACGAGGACAGAGACUUCUAUGAGCGCGAAUUUGGAUUCUUUAGUGAAGUGACAAGCAUCUCUGGAAAACUCAAACCUUUCAUCAAGCGACCAAAACCGGAGAAGAAGGCAAAGAUCGAGGAGGAAUUACGAAAGAUCCAAGUUGACGUUGGUGUUUACCUACCAAGUAAUCCGGAUGGAGUUGUCGUUGGUAUCGAUCGAAAGUCUGGAAAGCCUCUUCAAAGUCACGCCAAGGCCCCGUACAUGGCAACUUUCCGCAUUCGCAAAGAGAGAGUCCCCGACCUUGACGCUGUUGACGACGAACAGGACCAUGUAGCUGAAGAAGGCGGAGCCCAGAAAGACACUAGCUACGAAGUGUGGCAGUCGGCGAUCUUCAAGGUUGGUGACGAUUGUCGUCAGGAUGUACUGGCCUUGCAAAUGAUUGCAGCUUUCCGCGGGAUCUUCAACAACGUUGGACUGGAUGUGUAUGUCUUCCCAUACAGAGUGACAGCCACAGCCCCUGGAUGUGGUGUCAUCGAUGUCCUUCCGAAUUCCAUCUCCCGUGACAUGCUUGGUCGUGAAGCGGUCAACGGUCUCUACGAAUACUGGGUAUCAAAAUAUGGAACCGAGGAUUCGCUUCGCUUCCAACAGGCGCGCAGCAAUUUUGUCAAGAGUAUGGCUGCUUACUCAGUCAUUUCUUACCUGUUGCAGUUCAAGGAUCGACACAAUGGCAACAUCAUGGUCGAUGACGCCGGGCACAUACUACACAUCGACUUUGGAUUCAUUUUCGAUAUUGCACCCGGUGGUGUUAAGUUUGAACGUGCACCGUUCAAGUUGACUAGUGAGAUGAUUGCGGUGAUGGGUGGGUCGACACAGUCGCAACCCUUCAAGUGGUUUGAAGAGCUUUGCGUCAAGGCGUUCCUGGCCUCAAGACAACAUGCAGAGAAGCUGAGUCACUUGAUCGUUGUCAUGUUGGAUUCGGGCCUGCCAUGUUUCAAGCCUGAAACCAUCCAGCAUUUCAGAGAAAGAUUUGUGCUCGACAAGAGUGAACGCGAGGCGGCCGACUUCAUGCGCUCGCUUGUGCGCUGGAGUGGAAAGAGUCACAGCACAGGUGUAUACGACCAGUUCCAGCUGCUCACGAACGGCAUUCCCUAUUAG